AUGGAUGCAUUCAGAACACCUGAAAAUGAGUCUCUGCUGUACAGUUCUUCUGCUCCUGCCGCAUGGGAUCCCUUCCAUCGUCCCUUGGACACCAUCCAGCCCUGGCGCUUCAGGCUUCUGGCAGCAGUGAUGUUGGUGGUGACCUCCCUGUCGCUUGCUGAGAACCUGGCUGUAAUCCUGGUGACUUUCAAGUUCAAGCAAUUGAGGCAGCCUGUCAAUUAUGUUAUAGUCAACUUGUCUGUGGCUGACUUCCUGGUCUCGCUGACCGGUGGCACCAUCAGCUUUUUAACGAACCUGAAAGGUUAUUUUUAUCUGGGACGCUGGGCUUGUGUGCUGGAAGGAUUUGCUGUCACCUUUUUUGGCAUUGUUGCUCUCUGGUCUCUUGCUCUGUUGGCUUUUGAGCGGUACGUUGUGGUCUGCCGCCCGCUGAGGAACCUGCGCCUGAGGGGGAAGCACUCAGCCCUAGGUAUUGCCUUUGUGUGGACCUUUUCCUUCGUUUGGACCAUUCCACCAACAAUGGGUUGGAGCAGUUACACCACCAGUAAGAUUGGAACUACUUGUGAGCCUAAUUGGUACUCAGGAGCUUAUACUGACCAGACAUACGUUAUUGCCUUCUUCACCAGCUGUUUUGUCGUGCCUUUACUGGUGAUACUGGUAUCCUAUGGAAAGCUGACACAGAAGCUAAGAAAGGUGUCAGAUACUCAAAGCAGGCUGGGAAGUACCAGGAAGCCUGAAAGACAAGUGACUGCAAUGGUGGUGGUGAUGAUCCUUGCCUUCCUAAUCUGCUGGAUGCCAUACGCUGCCUUUUCCAUCUUAGUCACUGCAUACCCCUCCAUUGAACUGGAUCCUUGCCUGGCAGCAGUUCCAGCUUUCUUUUCCAAAACAGCUACCAUUUAUAAUCCAAUUAUUUAUGUCUUUAUGAACAAGCAGUUCAGGAAGUGUCUGAUUCAGAUGUUCACCUGCAGUGCCACACACAGUGCAGACUCCAACAUGAAGCCAGCUUCAGAGAGAGCAAUGCUCACCCAGGACAGAAGAGGCAGUGAGCUGUCCGCAAUGGCAGUGGGUAGCACUGUUUCUAAGAGGAAAACCAGAGAUGAACACAGCAAUUGCCAAUCUCUUCCUCAGUUGGCAGCUUCAGGAAACAAAAUCUGUCCCAUAUAG